UGGCCGAAGUCAGAGCCGCCGCAACAACCGUGGCGCGCGGAGUGCCCACAGGGGCCGCAGCCGCCCAACUACGACCCCUACAGGAUCAAAGUCCCCGACGUAGUCGUGCCGCCACUACCGCCCAGUAAUGUCAAGGAAAUUCCAAACGAGGACAACAUGGAGCUGUUCAAAAAUCCGGAACUUUGUUUCCAAUCGAGUGCUAGUGUUCAAGACUUGUUUCACAACUCGCCUAUCGUGCACCCGGAUUACUGGAAGGACAAGCCAGUGAAGCGGCUGACGGAGGCGGUGAAGGACGCGCUGCCCAAGCUGGGCUACCACGGCAGGAACAAGUACAAGUACGCGUUCCACGAGCCGUGGCGGCCGCUGGACCGCAUGACGCUGCUUGACGAGGCCGAGAAGCAGGAGCUCGGCCAGACCGACGACUUGACCGUCAAAGCGGAUACUUAACGCGAACGAGGGCUCUGAUUUUCGAACUUAAAAAAAUUGAAAAUUUAGGCUAUUUUCGUAAAAAUGUCGCAUCGUUUCUAAUAAAUUUUUGUUUCAUGUAUCGUUAACUUUGAGCUUUUACUAAUGCCUCAGUAAUGGCCUAGGUACUUUUAAGUUGCGCUCCGUACCUACUGGUUCAAAGCAAUUUUCUUGCCAGCAGUUUGAAAGAUUUAAAUAAUUUAGUGACACAUCUACAGUUUCCAAUACUUAUGGUGGAACAAUUUUAGACGUAGGAUGUUGUUCAUUUAGCAAAAUUAUUUUGAGAUAAGAUUACCUACGUCAUAUUUAGCAGAUUUAAGAAUUUUCCUGUUCUUGAAAAGUUAUUUACUCGGGGAAGUAUAUCUCGUUACGAAGGUAAAUUAUGUUCACGAUAUGUUUUUAUCACAAUACCACGAUAUUGUUUUAUGUAAAAAUUUUAUGGUGAUACAUUCCGCAAUUGAUAUUUAUCCACCAAAACAGACGAGCAAAGCGGAGCGGACGAGUUUUAAUCAACUAAUAUAUUUUCGUUAUUCAAACAUCUCGUCUCCGCCCAGAAAUCUUUGCUCUUAUCUUCGCAUGUCUACUUUAAUGGAGCACUGAAGUAGGCUUUUGCGCAGUUGGUUAUCCAAAUUUCGAUAUCAGGGGCUUGAUUCUGCUAAGUUAAUAAUGUGACAAUUAUAUACUUACCAAUUGAAUCUCAAUAGCAGUUUUAACCUUAUCGGGAAUUCUGCUACUGACAUUUCAUUGGCUUGCCACUGGUCUGCUAUUUGGUCUCUGCUCUGCAAUCAUAUUGCAAUCGAAAAUAAUUUGCAGACAAUAUGAUUCAUGAUUAAUUCAUUAUGAAAAAAUUACGGAGUGCCACAUACUUACGUUUCAAUAGUAAUCCAGUCGUGACUGAAUCUUAGUUGGAUAUCAAUCUUAUGUCGAUUAAGUAAAAUUAGCAGAAUUGAGCCCCUGGAAGUGUUGAGUACUUAUGAAUUAUUGAAUAACUGUGCAUUGACUUACCGUUGCAGCCGAUGCUGGACUGCACCAAGGGUACUAACAAAGGGCAAUGCUCUCUGAAGCCGGUGGUGACGCCGGAGCCUCCCCCCCCGCCUCCGCCACCGAGCUUCCCUUGGAUGUAUUUUUGGGCGCUACUGUCAUUCUUCGGUGCGUUUGGUUUGAUGUAUAAAUUAUAUUUAUGGAGGAGAAUGCAGGAGGUAACGAAAGAAAAACCUGUGUGGCGGCCUCGAAGGAAGAUGAAGCGGCCGUACAACGAGCGCGACAUUCCCGCUUGCGUUCAGUAUCUCAUAAUAGGCACGGGCGCCGCCGGCUGGGCCGCAUACAAGGCCAUUAUGGAACACGACAAAACUGCUAAGGUAUUCUUCGUAACGAAAGAAGAUUCCUUCCCCUACAAGCGGCCGCCGCUUAGUAAGCAAAUGUGGUUUGAAGAAGAUCCUCCUGACCCGAAGAUUUUGAAGUAUGUCGAAGACGGACGAAGACAAACAAUGUUUAAUGCAGAUUGCGGAGAUUUCUUAGAUCCCGUUGUAUUUUAUCGGAAAAAGACGGGCCCGGCGUUGUCGAUCGCGACGGGCUGGUGUGUGGUCCGACUGGACGCUGACGACCACGUGGCCUACGUCAAGACCAUGAGUGGGGAGCAUCCGAUAUACUACGAGCGGUGUCUGUUGGCCCCCGGUUCAAAACCAAGAACUCUUGACAUCAUAAAAUCCGCUCCGAAGGCAGUACGGGAAAAAGUUUGCACCAUGCGUACAGUUAGGGAUUUGGAGCUAGCGUACAGGAAAGUCAAAGAAGCGAAGCAUGUAACAGUCAUAGGCGCCGGCCCUCUGGGCUGCGAGCUCGCGUGGCAUCUGGGCAAAAUGAAUAAAAUGAUGCCGUUAGAGGACGGGCCGGGCAGGGUGAUAACACACGUGUACAAGGACAAGGGCAUACUGUCGGGCAUCCUGCCGGAGUACCUCGGCGUGUGGGCCGCUGAGCUCAUCAAGUGCGAGGGUGUCACGCAAGUGCCCAAAGCUCAAGUAUACGAUGUGUUCGAGUCAGUAGACGGGAGACUCGAGCUCACGCUGUCCAACGGCCAGUCUUUAGUCACGGACUUCGCUUUCGUGGCAGUAGGCGCGGAGCCGCGCGUGGACCUGGCCGAGGGCUCGUACCUGGAGCGCGACGAGAUCAACGGCGGCUACCUGGUGAACACCGAGCUGGAGGCCCGGACUCACCUGUACAUCGCCGGCGACGCCGCCAGCUACUACUCGCAGGAGAAGGACACGCGCAUGCGCGCCGACCACGUCAUCAACGCCGAGGAGCAGGGCUACAUCGCCGGCUCCAACAUGACCGGCUACUGGAUGCCCUGCAACAUGGAGCCCAACUGGUGGGUGCGCCUCGGCGAUCUGCUGCAGAUGGAGGUAGUCGGCGAAGUGGGUGCAUGCAUGCCCAUCGUGGGGCUUUUCAAGGAAUGUACGGACGAAGAAUCCAUUAAGGAGGCCGAGACAAUGACCAACGCGGGCGAAAGGCAAGGCUGCUUCCAGAGCAGGAGCGCGGAGUACGUGAACCGGUACAAGCGCGGCCUGCUCUUCUACUUGCGCGACGAGGUGGUGGUCGGCUUCGUGUUCUGGAACAUGCCGGCCAUCGAGGACCGCAGGGAAGUGGCCACUGAGUUGCUUCGCGCGAAGCCUACGUACCAAGACAUCAACGUGCUGGCGGAGCUACUGGGCUUCCCGAGCACACGAUGUGUGUACAAGAAGGACGAGGUAGUGGUCGCUGAAGUUGGGCCUUGUUUAACUAAUGACUGUAAACCCAAACCAACUUCGAAAAAAGAUUGUCCGACAAUAACGCGACACCGAUAUCCGUAGCGCCGUAUGGUCGUCUAGGGAACAUCACCGCGGUUCAGUUUUGUUGAGAAACGUUUGUAAACAUGAUCGCAUUCCGUAACUUGUGAACAUUAGCAGCCGCUCACUGGUCGCAAGCCGAGUCGCCGGCCUUACACCGCGGAUGACGCAAACAUUACAUAACUCGUUAACUGCUAACUUCGGUUAGAAGUUGACCGUUAUCAAAGAUACAAGACGUCACCUUACACGGCGACGCUUGCUAAUCUAAAUAAUCUAAACCUUUUGUAAACGAAUGUUACCAAACAACAUACUAAAUGUUACUCAACAAAUAGCAACUGCGGUGUGCUCCUUUAUCUCAUCAUACGUCUUACGGCCCUCGAAAAAAAAAGAGUAAAAAGGUUGGUACAUGCUAAGCUAAAGGUUAGAGCACACAGCUUGCUCUAGCAUUGCCUCCGAUAGUUAUUCCAAUUGUGAUUGUGUGUAGAACAAACUGUUUCAUGACUUAUCUAGAACGGUGAAUUGAGGCGAAAAAGGUCAGGUGUGUGCUAUAACCUUAGUCAUCGAAAAUAUGCAGUUUGUGGGAAAUUUUAAUUAACCAUUGACAUUUUUGUUUCAGUUGGAAAGUAUGGUAAAAAAAAAAAUUUGCAAGAAAAGUUUUAAGGAAUUGUCUGUGUGAACAUAUUUUUUUUUGAUAUUGAAAGUUUUGAUUCAUUAA